AAAAAUAAGAAAAUUGUUGUCAAAAUUCUAUGUAAAUGAGCGAGGAAUAAACAAAAUUGCGCCCUUGAUAUAAUAAGUAAUGAUUUAUAUUCAAUCUACUAAACGCGUAAUCGAACUUCUGUGAAUGUAAGAACAAGAACAAUUGAAAAAACGUGAGAGGAAAUAAGUCGGCAGUUGCCUAUAGGAAAUUUUGGUGAAUAUUUGUAAAAUUAAUAUAUCCUUUAUUUCUCAAUUGUGUUCGCUAAGAUGGAUGGAAGAAGGGUCACAACUUUACAGGGUCUUUUAAAGUUUGCUAUCGAACAGGGACAAUGCCAGGACAGUGGCGGCGGCACAUACGAUGAAAUGGAUCACGAAAGGAAAGCUUUUCUUGAAAACGCCUUUAAAUCAAUGACAAUAGAUGUAAUGGAAGAGCUUUCGCAAGCAAUUAGUGUUCUUGAAGAUAAUUCCACUUCAAAUGCGCAAAAGUCGAACGCGCUUAACCUAAUACGUGAUCACAUUGAUAACAUCGACUUUGCGAACAGCUUUGUUAAACUUGGAGGAACAAACAUUUUAAUAGAAUGUUUAAAAAGUCAUGAUGAAAAUGUUCGUAUCGCUGCCAUAAAUAUUGUUGCUGAAAUGUCCCAGAAUAAUGCGUUUUGUCAAAAACAUUUUCUGGAACAUAAUAUAUUAAAGUUGUUGAUAACAUAUUUAAAUGAUAAUGAAGACUUGGUUUCAAGUUCGCUGUAUGCGAUAUCUGCGCUAGUAAGAGGUUUUGAACCGGGAGCGGCGGAACUGAUAGCAAUUGGCGGAUUGGAAUUAGUAGUUAAUUGUUUGAAUACUUCCUUCACCAGAGCGUUUAUAAAGGCUUGCUUUUUAAUCUCAACAUUAUCAACUGAAUAUAUGCUCGUCCGAGAUGAAUUCGUUAAGUUGGGAGCAUUUGAAAAAUUGGCAAAUUUUUUAGAAGUUAUAACAGAUUUCGACGUUAAAAUGGAAGCUCUGUUAAGAGCGAUGGCCGAGUUGUCGCAAAGUAAAAAAUUUAAACCUGAUGAAGAACUUAAAGGCCACAUUAUUAAAACUUUGCACGAUAUUAUUAGCCAAAACGAAAAACUUCCACAAUGCGAGGAAAUUGUGGAAUACUCAAACACCCUGCUAGAUAAGUUAAUAUAAAAACCUAUUGGUUUUGUUGCUAACAAUGCGUAGAAUAGUUUAGUAAUUGAAUAAAUAUUUUAUACAAAUCAAACACUAUGGAAUGGAAACAUUAUAUAUUACGUCUUUUUCAUUUCGCACAUAUCACAUAGGGGACUUCUUCACAUUUUCCCGUUAGCUCCAUGCUAAAAACGGCAAAUACUACAACUGUCCCGGCCGACUGCAAUUAACAGAGGCACACUGCUCUGUCAGUGCCGGUAGUUGAGAUGAUGACAAUAUAACAAAGUUGUCAAAGUUGUAAAUGAAUCGUACACACAUAUAUACCUACCUAUAUUAUAUGUAUUAUCAAUUAUUUAAAGUUAGAUUGAAAUUUGCGUCUCAUAUAAAAAUCAAAGUAUAUUUAAGUUAUUAAAUAAAAGUUAGUUAUUAAUCGGGCAUAGGCCGAAUAUAGGCUUUUUCUUUGCCUCGGUUUUGGCUUGCUUAGCUUGUAGUUCUUCUUUUGUUUGAAUUAAUAAAUAACAUUUUGAUAAAAAAUUAAUUAUUAUUACAAAAUAUAACUUCAUAAAUAUAAAUGGAGUGUAUAGGCGCUCGUUCCUAAAGAGUGUUCUAAAGAAACUUUGAAAACAAUAACGGAAUUGUGUAUUAUAACAAUAAAUAAUUUUCAAACGAAUAUAUUCGUUCUU